CCUCCAUUCCAAAUCACAGUAACUUUCUCAUCUUCAGAGUCUAAAUAACACUUUCAAAAAAAAAGUCUAAAUAACAAGCACUCUGCCUACACAAGGGAUCACAAGAAUUUUCUACCAGUUAAUCGCAACCAUGGUUCUUCCUCAAUUUGAGUGCUUCAUGGCUGAGGACAAGACAUCACAACAGAGUGAUAGCAACUCCACUUCUUCUUUUUUGUUUGGUUUGGUGGACUUUCUCACAUGCCAAACAUGUUUUCACAAAAUCCUCAUGUUUUUCUCAACUUUAAAGUUUUUCUUUCUGUGCCAAAUUCACCCUAGUAAUAACUCAGAGGUAAGGGAAGAGUUAGAGGAGGAGGAGGAGCAGGUUUCAGAAUCUGACCAAGAGAGUGAGUACUACUCAAGCUACUCAAGUGAGGAGCAUAUUGAAAGGGAUGAAGUGAAGAUGGUGAUGGAAAAUUUGGGAUUGUUUUACAGUUCAGAAAGUGAGGAACUGAAUGACAAUUAUGGUUCCAAUGAGAUUUCAGAAUUGUUUGAGGAUCAGGAGCCAAGUGUGGAGGAGUUGAAGAAGGCUUUUGAUGUGUUUGAUGAGAACAGAGAUGGGUUUAUUGAUGCCAAGGAGCUGCAGAGCGUUCUCUCUGUUUUGGGAUUCAAGGAAGCAGCAGAAAUUGAGGACUGCCAGAUUAUGAUCAAGAAAUUUGAUGAAAAUCAAGAUGGGAGAAUUGAUUUGAUUGAGUUUGAAAAAAUUAUGCAAAAUAGCUUCUGCUGAAUUAUUUUUUUUCCAUCUAGUACAAUGAUUAAUAUUUUUUUCAGGUGUAAAUCUGUUUGGAAAAUUUGAUAGUUGUUCUAAUACAUGACUUUCCCUAGAUUCCAA